GGCAAAGGUUCACAAGAAAACAAAAUGGCGGAGGAGGUGAAAAAUUUGGACGUCAAUGGCGAUGCCGAGGAGGUUGAGGAUGAGGAAGUUGAAGAAGGAGCAGCAGCAGAUCCUAGCGUAGAAAAGAAGAAAAAGAAAAAGAAGAAGAAGAAGAAGGCUGCCAGCGCAGAAAAUGGCGAAGCCCCCAGUGCUGGUGCAGCUGAAGACAAUUCAACAACUGGAGCCGAAGGUGCUUGUGCUGCUGCAGCCGGCAGUGACAAUGAAGGCGAGGACGAAGGGCAAGGCGCUUCUGCUACAAAGAAAAAGAAGAAGAGAAAGAAGAAGAAGGGUGGCGCUGGAGGUGAUGGAGCAGCAGCAUCUGCAGUUCCCAAGCAAACAAAUCCUCCGACUGUGGCUAUAAAAGAUUUGUAUCCUGAAGGGGAUUUCCCUGAAGGUGAAAUCAUGCAAUACAAGGAUGAUACGAUGGCACGUCGUUUGGCGAACACUGAGGAAAAGCGUGCAAUGGACAGAGCACAGGAGGACGCGUACGCAGAGCUGCGCCUUGCUGCGGAAUGCCAUCGGCAGACGCGGAAGUAUGUACAAAGCUAUAUCAAGCCGGGAAUGAGUAUGAUCGAUAUUUGCCAGCGGCUGGAGGACACGAACCGCACGCUGAUUGCUGAGAACGGCUUGAAGGCAGGCUUGGCCUUCCCGACCGGGUGCUCGCUCAAUAACUGUGCGGCACAUUACACGCCAAAUGCCGGCGACCCCACUAUCCUGGGCGAGAACGACGUUUGCAAAGUGGAUUACGGUGUGCACAUCAACGGCCGCCUGAUCGACUGUGCGUGGACCGUGCACUUCAACCCGAGAUACGACCCGCUGGUGGACGCCGUGCGUGCGGCAACGAACACGGGAAUCCGCGAGGCAGGCAUUGACGCGCGUCUGGGCGAGGUAGGCGAGGCCAUUCAGGAGGUAAUGGAGUCGCACGAGGUUGAGCUCGACGGCAAGACAUACCAGGUAAAGAGUAUCCGAAACCUGAAUGGUCACUCUAUAGAGCCGUAUCACAUUCACGCCGGCAAGUCCGUGCCCAUCAUCAAGAGCAACGAUCAGACGCGAAUGGAAGAGGGCGAGGUGUUCGCCAUCGAAACGUUCGGCACGACGGGCCGCGGCAUCGUGCACGAGGACAUGGAGUGCUCGCACUACAUGAAGGACUACGACGUAGGCCAUGUGCCCCUGCGCUCGGCAAGGGCCAAGCAACUGCUGCACAGUAUCAACCAGAACUUCGGCACGUUAGCGUUCUGCCGCCGCUGGCUGGACCGCAUUGGACAGACCAAGUAUCUGGGUGCACUUCGUCAGCUGACUGACAGUGGCCUUGUGCAGGAAUACCCGCCGCUGUGCGACAUCAAAGGCAGUUACACUGCACAGUUUGAGCACACGAUCAUACUUCGGCCGACGUGCAAGGAAGUCCUGAGCCGCGGUGAUGACUAUUGAGCGGCGGCCGAAGCGGAGUGCGCCGCGCGCUUAGGAUUUGGGGCUUGCCCUACAUGCGUUCUUACGCCGGCAGUGACGGCAUGCGUGCUUCCCGUACGCGCCUGUGUACAUGUAGUGUGUGUGUGCGUCGCAUGUAUUUGCUCCUGCCCUCUGUCGAAGAUUCAGGUAACUGCAGUAUGUCUGUGCGUGCUAGUCGCACAAUUGCCCGUCUACGGUUGCAGAAAUCCGUCUGGAUUGAGCUCCACUGAGCCUUACAUUCUGUGCUGUGUUUGCCACGGUCAACAUCCUCAAAGCAGCACGGCUCAAACUGUGCACAUAAAAAACAAUUUUCAUCUUCUACUUGUAUAGCUUUUGAACUUGCGAACCUGUAUAUAGUUUUUAACAUGUUUUCGCUUUGUCCCCGUGUGAAAGUGUCUUGAAAGGUUUACUGGGUUUGUCUUCAUUGCAUCUGCUGUUUUUCACAGCAUGGUUGCUGUCCAUUGUGCUGCUGUUUCUGCUGCUGCUGCUGCUGAUAUGUUUGUUGUUUAUCAUCUGUCAUUUCGACCAACAUAAGAUUGUAUGCGUUUCUUGGACAUAUCUGUUUUGCUGGCUCCGUUGCCAUGUGACCUCAAGUUUACAAGUUAUACUUCAAAAGUACGUGGAUGGCAUAUGAGAUUGGAAUAUGCUUUAUGAGUGACUGGUGCUCCUUUGCCGUCGCCUUCUCAGUUGCUUGUACAUGCAUACCUUGUUCUGGGUGUGUGUGUAUUUCCACAUGUUCUGUUACGUUCAUCUCUCUCUCUCUCUCUCUCUCUCUCUCUCUCUCUCUCUCUCUCUCUCUCUCUCUCUCUCUCUCUCUCCCUCUCUCUGUCUUUCUCUGGUGUCGUAAUAUCCUCAGUCGUUCAGCUACGAUGCAAUGGCAA